AUGAAAUUGUUUCGGGUUCUCUUGACUGCUCUCAACCUUGCAGAGCUAUCUGCAGCCCAAAUCGUCAUUCCACUUCACUCGUCCAGUCGGUGGAUUCUCGACUCCAACAACAACCGUGUCAAGCUCCGCUGUAUCAACUGGGCUGGUCAUAUGGAAGUUAACCUUCCAGAAGGCCUUCAUAAGCAGCCGAUCUCGUUUCUCGCAGACUGGACUCGCGACCAGGGCUUCAACUGCGUCCGCCUUACCUACUCCAUCGAACAUGCGCUGAACCCUAACACGUUGGUGUCGGAUGCCUUUACAAAUGCCGCUACGGCAGCCGGCGUGCCGCUGACAAACAUGACGGCAAUGUACAAUGACGCCGUUGCGGUAAACCCGUUCAUGGGGGAGGCCACAACGACAACACGAGACGUUUAUGGUGCCAUUAUUGAUGCCCUCUGGGAACGCGGCGUCGUGACGCUCCUAGACAACCAUGUCAGCAAGGCCAGCUGGUGCUGCGAUCUGACUGAUGGCAACGGCUGGUGGGACACUGCCUUUGGUUAUAUUGCAGCCAACUCCCAGUAUUUCCAUACGGCCCAGUGGCUCCAGGGGCUGCAAGCUAUGGCGUCGUGGGCCUACACAAACCACCCGGGCGUCGUCGCUAUGUCGCUGCGCAACGAGCUGCGCCAGCUGCUCUUUCAGGAUACCAACAACGGCGACGACUGGUAUGACCUGGUAUCCGAGGCCGGUUCGCUCGUCCACCAGGCCAACCCCAAUGUGCUCGUGGUCGUCGGCGGUAUUUCGUCAGCCACAGACUUGUCGAGCGUCCGCAUCAGCCGCAUGCUCAACACGACCGCGUGGCUGGGCAAGCACGUCUGGGAAUGGCACUCGUACUCGUUUACAGUUACGUUCCCGCGCAUCCUCCCAUGUGCCCUCCUCAAAGACCUCUAUGGCGGGUUUGCGGGAUUUGUGUUGACGCAGGGCAAGGAUUAUACGGGCCCGUUGCUGCUGUCCGAGUUUGGUGUGGGCCAAACUGGCGGGACCAUUGACGGCGGCCUGUCGUCGGACGACAGCACCUACCUGUCGUGCCUGACUGAGUACAUGGAGAGUAACGACAGUGAUUGGGUGGUAUGGGCAUUGCAGGGUAGCUACUAUGUGCGAGGCGGUCAGACAGACUACGACGAGACGUGGGGUCUGCUCAACCACGACUGGUCGGCGUUGCGCAAUCCGCAGUUCCCCGGUCUUCUGGGAGGCAUGUGGAACAUGACGCAGGGACCAUAG